AUGAAGUUCUAGAUAAUUUUGGUUGAAUUUAAGAAGGAAAAAUAUUUAAUAACUGAGUAUUUAAGUCUAAAACAAUUGUGAUCAACAUUUUAAUUAUUUAUUUUCAAAUAAUAUGGGUGAUCAAACAAAUAGACAACAUACAUUUGAUGAUUUAGAUUACACAAAUAUUAUUCUUAGAGCACCUCUAAUAAAGUAAUUUAUAUUUACUAUAAUCAAGACCAUUAAAAGAAUCUUCUAUUUUUAUACCAGAACUAUAAUUAACAUAUGAAACCCCAAAAUGUUUUAAGAAGAUGUCUUUGACAAAUAUAUCAGAUAAUGAUAAACAAGAAGUGUUCUAGAUACCAUUUGUCGAUAAAAAUAUAAAAAAGAGAUAAAAAUUUUAAACUGAAAAUAUUCGUCAUACUAUCAUAAAUAUGUUGGAAAGAAAAUUAUUAAGCAGAUAUUCUUUAAAAAUACAAAAUGAAAAUAAUAGAUUUUGA